CUCUGAAUGGAAUAACAGCAUGGAACUCUCAAAUUGGAAACGCAAGAAAUCCACUUCAACUGUCAUGGAUGCUCCAACCGAAGACUCUUCGUCGAAUCGGCCACAACCACAGGAGUUGAGCUUACCAUUUAUGAGGGCGUCUGCUACUGUGAGACGAGAGAGUCCCCACCUGCCACCCGACCUGUCCUCCUCCACACAACCAAACACAAACUUCUUUGAUAAGCUUCAAGCUGGCACAAAUGAACAGUGGUCAUCUAAGCUUGGUUCUCACUUGUCCUCAAACCCUUCUAGUGUUGUUGAUCGCCAAGUUGGAUUGCUUGCAGGAAAUGUGGUUUCCAGAAACCCUAAUCCUGGCUCCAAGGAGGGCCAACUGUUUCUCAAGAGGUUGAGGCCGGAUCUCCCUGAGCCCAGCAAGUUACACAGCAAGUCCAAGAAAUCCAACAAGAGGAGACCGCCUUCACACACAGCUUGGAACAUCAGUGAACACAUUGCACAACUCAAGCACAAAUGCCAGGACUUCAACUUAGGAGUAAAAACUCGCAUAGACAUCCGAGGGAGACAUAAACCAGAGGAGACGGUGGCAACAGUAAGGAGAAAAAGACCAGAGGCUACUGCCCAUACUGAUAUACCUAAACGGGUUCCACCACCACCCCAGUAUGGGUUGCCUCCUGGGAUACCUAGUGUUCAAAGGGCGUACCCUUAUGAGGAUGCAGACAAUGAAUCUGAAUCGUGGAGCUGGAAGCCGGAGAAGAUCUUUCAAAACACCGACGAUGAAAAGAUUCCACAGUAUUUACUGCCUCCCAGUAAACCAACACUGCAUCACCAGGUUCCAUUGAGUGAGACAACGUCGUCAUCCUCCAAAAGCUUUGCCGGUGAAGACGUCGCCAUGGCAACAUCAAAUUGGACAGUGACUGAACUCUCGUACCAUCAAUCCCACUGGAAUCAGUUCUUGACUUCCGAAGAAACCGACGUUUACGUCAGUCAGCUCAAUGUGUCGGGAAGGUUGCCCAAAGAACCAACACAGACCCAGUUGUUAGAGGAGUGAGAGACUAACAAAUAGCAGCAGGACGGUUAUUUUAAUAACUACAUGUAAGUACUCUCACAAAAUCUAGGCUGCUUUUGUAUAAUAAAAAGCAAGACCUAGUUCCCAAAGAACAAAAAUCUACAUAGGAAAGUAGAUAUAGACAUAGUGUUACCGCCAACCGAAUAUCUAUCUAUAGAUAUUAUCAAUAUUAAAAUGUUUCAUAAAAUAGCAUUAACUGCUUAUUUAGCUCAUAAAAAUUACACAUACAUGUAAUGAACCUAAGCACAUGUUUUUCUGCAUAUCCACACACACCAACAUCUGUGUCACAAUCAAACUGUUGACACUCCUUUGACAAAUGUUGUUCUUCCACAUUUGGGUCAACAUUUUUUAUGCAGCAUCAAAAUUUAUACACACACAAUCAAUUCAUUUCUAACUCGGCAAAGAAUUUUAUGAGUUACAUAAUUUUAGAGAGGCAUAUUGUGUAGUUGUUUUAAAUAAUCAAAUGCAAUGUGCAAUCAUUGUUAACUAACAAAAGUAAUACAACACAACAAACAAAGA